CCGCCGUUCUGCUCGCGUACACUCGUCUCGCGCGCACCCGUCCUCGUUAAAAGCGUCCGCGUGUCGCGCUUCGGCCAUCACCCCGAUCUUCCAGCUCCUGCUUUCCAACCGUCACGCGUCUUCGCUUCCUUCUUCCACCCUUUCUCUCGACCCUCGCCGACUAAAUCUUUCCUCAUCGUUAUUUUCUUGAUCGUAGUUUAUUCUUGUAAAAAAAAAAAAAAAAGGAAUCGAGCUUGCUGGUUUCUCUCUGGAGAAUCCAAGAUUACUGGUCGGGAAUAUCCAGUCGGAAAUCGAAGCAGCAUGGGGAUUCUCACGUGAGAGGCGUGUUCCGGGGCUAGUGGGUCCACAAAGGAGAAGGAGAAGGAGGAGGAGAGAGAGCGAGAAAAAUCAAGAAGAAGGAAGAAAGGAGGGAGGGGGAGAGGGAGGAAGAGAGGGAGCGACUCACGAACGAAUUAAUAAUGCCGCGCGAGAGGGGCGCGGAGGAGGAACGGCUGAACUUUACUCGCAGGGGAUCCCGCAAUUAUCCCGGAAGAAGAGAGAAGUGAAAGGGUGCAGCGAUGGGGGUGUACGUGAUAGGUUUGGUCGGUGUGAUCGCGUUUUAUGUGGCGGUGUUGGGUGUCGGUAUUUGGGCGGCCGCAGUGAAGAAGAAAAAAUCCCGCCACGGCCAUGACGCUUUGAUACUGGCUAACCGUGGCUUAGGUCCGAUUCUUGGUGUCUUCACUUUGAUCGCCACGUGGGUCGGUGGCGCCUACAUAAACGGGACCGCUGAAUUGAUGUUUACCAAAGGAUUGGCCUGGUGUCAAGUGCCCUUCGGUUACAGCCUCAGUCUACUGUUCGGUGCGGUGUUAUUCGUACGGCCAAUGAGAAAAGCGGAACACGUGACCAUGCUGGAUCCUUUUCAAGAGAGAUACGGUGCCGGUGUUGGGGGGCUCUUGUUCCUCCCUGCCCUCUUCAGCGAUUUGUUCUGGUGUGGCGGGGUGUUGAGAGCUUUGGGAAGCUCGUUGGCAGUGGUUGCUGGCGUAAAUCCGGACAUCAGUAUAGUCGCCUCUGCCCUCUUGGCAGCCGUAUACACCGUGUUCGGUGGACUUUACUCCGUCGCGUGCACCGAUGCGUUGCAGCUGGCAUGCAUCGUGAUCGGGUUGGGAUUGGCUGCGCCAUUUUCCGUUCUCCACCCCGCCGUCAACUUCGAGAAAAAUCUAACGCCGCACGAAUGGCUUGGGGAGAUUAAGAACGAGGAUCUUGGCGAGUGGGUGGAUUGCAUGCUGUUGUUGGUAUUUGGCGGUAUACCUUGGCAGGGCUACUUUCAAAGGAUCCUAAGUAUGCGAAGCACAUCGAUGGCGACCGCUUUGUCAAUAACAUCGAUGUUCGGUUGCAUGAUCCUCGCGUUUCCAUCAGCUCUAAUUGGCGUGGUGGCACGUGCCACCGAUUGGUCAACCGUGCAGGGAUUUAACAAAAGUAUAAUAGCGCACGAAGCGAAUGCAGCAUUACCGAUCGUUCUCCGAUACUUGACACCGCAGUGGGUCUCCUUUGUCGGUCUGGGCGCUAUUUCCGCGGCAGUAAUGUCUUCGGCGGAUUCAAGUAUAUUGGCCAGCAGUUCCAUGUUCUCCAGAAAUGUCUACAGACUGACACUAAGGCCGAAGGCAUCCGAAAGGGAACUGAAUUGGAUACUCCGGAUAUCCGUGCUUGUGAUCACAGCCUUGUCGACUGUGAUAGCGCUCACGGUGGAUAGUGUUUAUUAUCUGUCGUAUUUGGCUUCUGAUCUUGUUUACGUGGUGCUCUUCCCCCAAUUGUUAACCGUUGUCCAUUGGCCCUCUUUGGUCGACACGUAUGGAUGUCUGGCUGGUUACUUCGUGGCUGUUGUUUUACGUCUUUGCGGCGGAGAAAAAGGAUUGGGUGUGCCGGCACUGAUCGAGUAUCCAUUUUAUGACGUAGAAACGCAAUCACAAAAAUUCCCAUUCCGCACUGGGGCCAUGUUAGUGGCUCUGUGCACCCAACUCGUGACGAGUUUCUUCACGAGAAAUCUUCUAGGGAAAGGUUACUUUCCUCGAUGUUGCGACGUUCUUAGCGUCUAUUCACCCGGGAAAUCGAAGGACCAAUCGGGAGUUGUACAGAGCAGCUCGGGCGCAGCUCUCAUGGACACUUCUUCCGUCAAUAAAUCUACCUCAGGAAUAGAUUCUUGCGAUGGGAUCGGGCCUGGAAGCUACGACGACGACCGCACCACAACUAACUCCGUCGAAGAUGUGACCGAUCAAAGAGACAACGGGACCAUAGCCAGCGACCUAUACGAGAAAGAAACCCCGAAAAAGCAUAUAAACAGCAUUGGAACGGCAGCCCAAAAAGCGAACCAAAGCCUGCAACACCUUCAAACAUUGAGAAAUUCCAUUCACGCGAGCUCGAUCAGCGGCAGACACACCCCGACCCCGAAUCAAUAUGCCCCUAUACAAAGCAACGAGGUCUCGAGAGGUCAAAUAUUAGGCGUACGAAAUCUAAGAGGUUCGAUGGGCCAGAUGUUGUUGCCGGCCGAUCGUCCACCAAUCAUAGCCCCGUGCAAUAACCCGGCCAUGGUCACUGUUCCAACCAAUUCGACUAUGACCACUCCUAUCACGCCGGAUGCUCAUUACGCUAAAAUCGAGGAUCCUGUAUCCUUGGUGAAUGACAAAACAAGGGAAAACGAGAGGCACGGUGUCGUGGACAGGGGGACCACGGAAUUUCAAACUGUCCCGGACAACAUGUUAACCACGAUUAAUGUUAAGAAAAAUGUAAAAGGCGUGAAACUGGUUGGUAUGGAGGGUGGCACGUUGAGGAGGCCAUCGUUGCAGGGCACGUUCUCACCGACACCGUCGGUCGAACUUGUCCACAUAUUGGACAGAAGGCAGAGCAGCGGUUCUUAUGGGCCUGGCUCCCUUUCUCCCGUUCCUAUGGGAGUGGAGGCGUGCAAAACCCAUGGAACGGCGUUGGAGGGACAGGGUGGGAACGAACAUUGCAGGAUUAAAAGGGGCAUCGUCAGGCAUCACAGCUUCAACGAUACGGGAGACCGUGCACUGACCACACUUGCCAGGCAACCGACCUAUCCAUCCAUGCCACUGCGUUCCGAGGAUUGCCGCAUGACAUUGGUUAAGAAGGACAGAAGAACGUCGACGAUCGCACGACACGGUUCCAUGACGAACGAGAAAGAGUUGAGCGGUUGUAUGACCGGGCUCGUAGUGUGCAGCCCCACUUACAACAUGUACAGCUCGGCUGUGAAAAAUUCAAAUUACUUUGUAACCGACGACGAGGCGGUCAGCAGGUUUUAGAAAGUCGUAAGCAAAGGAAGGACCAAGGAAAGGACAAUCGAAUUAUCGCCCCCAAAAAUCGAGUCGUGAGAAAGAUAUGCCCGAUCGUGUCUUUUUUUAUCUAUACGAUCCUAUAUAUUUUUCUCCAAUGGUCGUACAACUUUACCACUGCCCAACUUUUACGACUUUUCUUACUUACUAGGGAGUUUACUAUCUAAGUUUUUUUUUACUAAUUUAUAAUUUUUUUAAGAUUAUCCCAAAUUUAUUCGCGAGGAAUUUGAAUUUUCACGUCGUUCCGUUUGCGGUAUUGCGAAGACAAGUUGACCCGAUGAGAAUCUGUGUAAAAUUAGUGACGAGAAGAGAGAAUUUGAAAUCGUACAUGGAAAUAACGAAGAUUUGAAGAGUUUAAUUGUUGUGUUACGUCGUGAUACGAUAUCUAUAACCGAGCCACUUGAUUUGUUGAAGAUUCGAAGAGAUUUGGAAACGCAAUUUAACGAUGAUCUUUCGUGUACAUAACCUCAAAUAUUGUUGGGGUUACGUCGUUUUAAUUACGAAUUAUUUGAAAACCGCAAACGGUCCGUCCAUGACUUUCGUUUUCGCUCCUUUCGAAAGAAUCGUUCGUUUUCGGCCAAAUUGACGAUGGAAUUAUAUCCUUAAAGCUCAUCUUUAGAGAAAUUAAGAUAAGGUUUUAUAUAGAUAGCGAACGGUCAGAAAACGAUCGUAGAUAUUAGAUAUAAACGAGACAAGUUUCGGUCGGAGCGAUUAAUAUUCCAUUCGUGGAGCCGAAAAGUCAUUACAUUUUAUCAGAUUUAUUGGACGAAUCGUGGAAACAGCCGAAUUUUUCGAUCUCGUAUUUACACGUGAACAUCCCAUUGAAAAAUUGCGAGCUUUUUCAACUCAUCUUUAUUCACCUGUUUCAAGGUUGUUCCACUUUCAUCCAAUAAAUUUUCUUACUCCUCGUAUUUUAAUGUGGAAAUUUCCGAGGAAGAAAAAAAUCAAUCGAAAGAUUCAUACCGCGAUUCACUUGUCGCCAUUUCUUUCUCUACCAAAAGUAAAGGAUUACAAUCGAAAUUUUGGAAAUAUCUUGCGCGAUUCAUAUUUUUCUCGAUUUGGAAUCAAAUAUCUAAAAAAAUGAAUUUCACAAAUGUGAUCGAUAAUUUUAAUUCCGAUAAU